AGAGAAUAAUAAGUCUUAUGGGCCUUCUGCUUUGUUCGUUCAUCUGACUUUGCUGUCUUCCUUCCCGCUCUCUUGGAAGUCGCUUUCCCUCUCGAUUCCAUAUCCGUCUUCAUCCGCCGACGCACACCAAAAUGCCUCGCCGGAGCUCCACAGGCAAGUCAGCUCCUGCUGCCCGUUCUUCUUCUCGCGUUCCUUCUAAGCCAGCUUCUUCUCCUCCGCCAGCCCCUGUUCAAGGUGGGAAUGGUUCCGUACUGGGAGGACUAGGCGCUACAAUUGUAGACGGCAUGGCAUUUGGAACCGGAAGUGCCCUAGCACGCAGGGUUGUGGAUGCUGUAUUUGGCCCUCCAGUCAUCCAACAUGAGACUGUUGCUUCAUCGGCUCCUGCUGCUGCUGCUGCUCCAGCCCAAAGAAACAGCUCGGGAGCUUCCGAUGCUUGUGGUAAUCAAUCUAAGGCCCUGCAAGAGUGCCUGAACAACUAUGGGAGUGAUAUCAGCAAGUGCCAGUUUUACAUGGACAUGCUGCAAGAGUGCCGCAGAAGCUCGGGGCCCGCACUGGGAGCUUGAAGAAAGAUAUGGCUGCAACCCACCUUUCCGUAAUCCGAGUUAACCGAGUUCUGUUGGCCACCUUCUUUUCCUUUUGCUUAUCUAAAUAAUGGUACUGGGGGUAGUGAACAGUUAUCGGACUUACCUGAUUAUGUUGGAAAGGUAUGGUGAUUCUUAUCAAUUAAAGUUUGCAGUUUUAUUUUAUGUGAAAGUUAUAUUAAGUUGCAGUUUGGACUUGAGGAUGCCCCGUCCCUGUAAGUUUUAAGCUCUUGUACUGUACUAACACCCAACUCGGGGUCCAUUUAGGGCCUCUAAUACCUCUUAAUUUGAGGUGUCAGAAUAUCUCCCCUCCCGGCUUCUCAUACGUUCCAGACAAUAAUAGUUAAGACACGAGAUUUAUUUACCA